AGUCGCAACACCAUUGACAUUUGUCAGUGCCCGUGGUGCCAUGGAUGGCCACCCUGACAUGGGGUGCCCACCCAAGGCCACCUCCAUCUAGCCAGCAAAGCUAGGACCAUAUAAAAAAAGUUUGUUUCACAGCCGAGCAAUGAACUACAUAGAAAAACAUAUAAUUCAUGUGUUUUUCAUGAACACUUUGCAUCAAGUUGCAUCAAACCGGGCCACAUAUUGGGAUUCAGACACGACGAAUACGAGAGUUGAUUUCUACAGCUAUAAAAUAUCUAGACUAGAUGAUGUGUAUGAUACUGGAUACAACUCCAGACGCCAUGCGCUGGGAAUGCACAUCUGGAUGGACCCAAAAGGCUUAAUUACUCAACCAGCCUAUCACUUAAAAUUUUCAUCAUACACACCACACGCUUCCCAUGUCUGAUCCCUAGCUCAAAAAACCUGUGAGAAUCUUGUUGUCCUCUCCCCAGCCACCUUUUAACCCACAGAGAGAGACAUGACACACCCCCAUGGCCUAUAAAUAGCAGCCCUCGCAGCAAGAGAGACACCAAAUCUAACAACCAGAGCGUCUCCAAGAGCAAACAACUUCCCAGAGCCCAACAUAUUAGAUACAGGAAUCAUUAGCUCAGUAGAAUCCCACCAGGGAAGCUUUACCUGCUCCAAGGAUGUCUUCUGGGUCACCGCGGAGCUCCUCGCCGAGCUCAUACUCGGAGUGGAGCAAGAAGGAGAAUAAGAUGUUCGAGGAGGCGCUCGCCUACUACGGCGAGGGCGCCCCCAACCUCUGGGAGAAGGUGGCCAACGCCAUGGGGGGCACCAAGUCCGUCGAGGAGGUGUGCCGCCAUUUCCAGAUCCUCGUCGACGACGUCCAGAACAUUGAGUACGGCCGCAUCCCCUUCCCCAAAUACAAGACCCAGGGAUUCUGGACCUGAAAGGAUGAAGCAGUGUAAGCUCCAGUGGACAGUGAACAAAGGUGUACAAAGUACAAACUAGAUCUAGGAGGAAGCAAGGGAAUCCAGCAUUGGUUAGAAUAACAGGAAGGAAAUGAGUAUUGUCUAUUGUGUCAUGUGUACAAAGUAUUAGGUUAUGUCCAAGUUAAAUUCUCUACAUCGUUGUAUAUUCUUGUCUACAUUCAUGAAUUGCAUCUUGUUCAUUAUCA